AGUGUGACGUCACAGGGAGCGGGCUGCAGUGAGCUCUUUGACUGCGAGCAGCCGGAAGUGAACAGCAGCAGACCGACACCGGUGACAACAAAGAAAACAUCCAGCUGAACCAGUAUCAGGGACGAUGGAAGAGUAUAACUCUGGAGAUGAGGUGGUCUUCAGUGCUGAUGAAGCCAGUAGCUCAGUUAAAGAGUGUAUUGAAGGUGUCAUUGGUGGAACAGAUUAUAACCAGAAUAAAGUGAACCAGUGGACGGCCAGUAUCGUGGAACAUGCUCUGACUCACCUGGUGAAACAGGGACGGCCGUUCAAAUACAUAGUGAACUGUACCAUCAUGCAGAAGAGCGGCGCAGGUCUCCACACAGCUAACUCCUGCUACUGGGACACUGCCACUGAUGGAAGCUGCACGGUGAGGUGGGAGAAUCGCACCAUGUACUGUGUGGUCAGUGUGUUUGCUGUCGCUGUGGCUCUGUGACAUCAGCACACAGCUGCGUCCUGCUCUCUCUCUCUCUCUCCGAACAACCUGAUGAUCCUCUGAUGAUCCCCUCUGGUAGAAGUUAAUGUACAAGUAGCUCAUUUCUCCCCACAGGCUUGAACUACAGAACUUCAGAAUAAGAGAGAAAAGUUGCUUUGUGGGGACUAAGGUCAGGGUCAGAAUGAAACACAUAUGAGAAAAGUGAUGUUCCGAUUUAAAAAAUUGGGGCCAGUACUGAUGUUUUGUUGUUAUUCAUUCCUCCUUUUGUGCCAGGGUAACAAAGGAAUCUUGAUUUUAAAAAAUAACUGCUUUAAAGUCAUUCAGACUUAUGAAACAACCUUUAACACAACCCUCUUUCCCAAUUAAGACAAGUAACUGCUUGAAAAGCCUUUCUGGCUGCCAAACUACCUGCUUAAUGAUAAGAAUUUUCAAAGGGAUGCCACGAGCCAGUACCUCAUGAGUGGGCCACCGCAAAAUUAAUGCGACACAACAGAUACAUAUCGUCCACUGCCAUCGGUGCAUGUCACCUUUUUUGCUUAUAGGUUGAGGGCAGUCAACAAGGUGAAUAUCUAUCGAUACUGACGUUUGUCUGAGUAUUUUCUCUCCAAAUGUCACAGAUGUUGAAAUCUGUGCAUUAUGUAGAACUUGGGCAGUUUUUAGCCACACUGCUGGCUCUGGGUACAUCAGUGUUAGUCUGUCAGUCCACUGAAAUAUGUCUAACUAUUGAGUGGAUUGCCCUGAAGUUUGCAACACAUGCUCAGGCCCCCACUUCAAGAUAAAUUGUGAUGAUCUUUUGACAUGUAAUCUCACACAACAAUCAGGUCAUGAUUCACAAUUUGUCCUAUACUUUGUGUUAUCACCAUAUAUCUGCAUAAUUAAGGACAUUCCCAUCAGCCUCAGCUGUUUUGUUUAACGUUAUCAAUACAAUGUUAGCAUGCUAACACUUAGCUGGUGAACAUUAUACUUGCUUAAACAUCAGCAUGUUGGCAUUUAGCUCGAAGACCUGCUGUGCAGUACAGUCACACAGAGCUGCUAGCGCGUCUGUAAACUCUCUCUAGUCUCCUUCAGAACAUUCCCAACUAAAACUGACUGAACUGUUGCUGCUUUAAAAAGUUUGAAGUUUAAUGUGUUGUGUCUAGUAACUACAUGUAAGGACUACUUACAUAAAACAUCUCUCUUUGUCUGCAUUAAUACUUGGACGGUUUACAUUGGUCUGUAUCUGUGCACAUGAGUGUUUUUUUCCAGGAUGGAGAUGUUUAAUGGUGAGUCCCAAUGACAAAUGCACUUUUUCUAGACCUGUUCUGUAGAAAUCCUGGAAUUCUUCUGUAAUAAUGUGUGUUGAGUUCCUUUGUUAGGAUCUGUUCAGUGUCGUCAUUAAAUGUAUUUAACAAAA